AUUGGGGGUACUUCCUGUUUCAAAGUCCAGCUUUUUAGCAGUAGUGGAGAUGUUAUGCAGGAGCUUCAGAUGCCAGUGUUUAUUUAUUGUGCCGCGUUGUGAGAGAGUGUUUCAGCAGACAGACAGACAGACAGACAGACAGACAUGCAGCCGUCUGUGGAGUCUCUUGUCCGACUAUUGGAGUCAUACAGAGGAAGAGAUAAAGUUAUCAGGAUUGUCUGUUAUGGCUCGCAGCUAGUUGGAGGAGUUCUUUCCCGAAAGGCAGAAACAGACGUUUCAUCUCAGCGGCUCGGGAAACGUCUGCUGCUGUUUUCUGCUCAGCUCAGCCACUGCCGGACAGUGCUGAGGCUGUUUGAUGAUCUGUCCAUGCUGGCUUACUCCCACAGCUAUGGGAUUGGAGGCCGGGAGGAGGAUGUGGGCGUGCGCUGGAUAUCGGUGCUGACCAACGUGGCCGACCAGCUCUACUAUCCCUGUGAACACAUCGCGUGGGCUGCUGACGCCGGGCUGAUCAAAGUCAAGUCUGAUAAGUGGUGGCUGUACGGCACGGUGCUGUGGGGAACCUCGCUGCUGCUGGGAAUACUCAGAUCGCUCCGAGUUCUGCUGCUACUGAAGAAGAAACUCAAGGGAUAUGAGAGGGAUGGAGCUGGCCACAGUCGCUCUCAGCUCCGCAGACAGAUGCGUGGGGAAGUUCUCUCCAUCCUCAGCAGCAUGGCUGAUCUCAGUAACGCCAUUCAUUGGAUGCCACCCGGCUUCCUGUGGGCGGGACGAUUCCCCAACUGGUUGGUGGGGCUGAUGGGCACCAUCUCCUCUCUGAUUGGUUUGAUCCAGAUGAACGCUGGGCACAGCACCGAGACAGACAGUACAUUGUCUUUACCUCACAGGGAGGAGUAGAUCAGGUGCUUUAAGUGCUGACUGACUGAAUAAUGUGUACUGGUGGAAAAUGCUGAGUGAAAGGAUGUGUAGCAGAGCUUGAAUGUGAUCAGAUUCCUGUCCGACUGUCGGUGGAGAUUAAUUUCUAUCUUGUACCAACUACAAUGUCUGAAGAACUUAAAACAAAUCAUCUGGACUUAUAACUGGAUGAUAAGUCAAUUGUCUAAGUAGACCUGCAGCUACUGUAGUCAUCCAAGUGCUUCAUUAGAUGUCACUGAAAGCCUCUUGGAAAAGGGGCAAAAACAUCUUCAAUUACUAUUUGGACAUUCUAGUCUGUGAUCAGACAGUUGGAGGCAAGACUUCAUAAUGAGAUGAAUCAAACAAAUGUUCCUUUUCUUAGUUAUUGUUUCUCAGCUCACACAAUCACACAAAUGUGAAAUGUAUUUAGAAUGUAUGUGUCAUUACAUGCAGAUAAAAGUAUUUACAUGGAGUUUUAGCACAAUGUACUAUAAAGGUUUUCAGAAAUCAGUAUUCAGAUACGGCAUAACAGUGAAGUCCUGAUGACAUAGUUAAUUGGAGAAAGCUUCUUGGGUUGAAUCAACUUUGUUUUCGGCACAUAAUACCUCCAACUUACGGCACAGGGAAGAUCAAUAGUUGGGUUUAUAAAUUAAAGCUGUGGUGUGAUUUUAUGAGUGAUACAAUGACAGUGGUAAACGGUUGCCUUAUACACUUUCCAUACACCUAAUUUUCAAUCUUGCACUUCUUUUUAAUAUGCAAUGAUUGAAAAACUGAAUUAAACUUUGCACUUUUUUUUAUUUUUCCUGAAAUCACUCAAGUAAAAAAACCAUUUUUUUUCACAUAGUCCUACUGUUUAAAGAUCAACUUAAUGGAUGUAAUGUCAAACUACACUACAACAACUUGUUUCACUAAUAAGUUCCUCAGGCGUUAAUAGCUGAUUUGCAUUUAAGAAUCAGUAAAACAGCCCCCAGACAACACUGAUGAAGUUUUAUAUGAACACAGUAUAUGUCACUGGUCAAGUGGAACAGCUGCUUAAUUUAAUUAUAUGUAAAGUUAUUUUAGAUGAUGUGAAGUAAUUUAAUUUUUAAAUAAAUGGAAUUGUCUUUCCUCUG